UAAAAACACAACACAUUAAUACAGAGAGUAAACUUUUAGCUGUAGUGAAAGUGAAGGAUGAGUGUUGAUGAAGGUCAGGUGGAUGGAGGUUCUUACUCCAACACUCAACAGAUCAAUCCAGUCCAUCAUCAGACAUCAGACCCAAUGGAGCCCAGCUGUGUCUUUAUGAAGCGUGAAUGGUCUAUGGAUCGUAUAGUAGAGUUCAAGGAUGAUAACAGAAGUCCAGUCGAGCAUCAGACAUCAGACCCAACGGAGCCCAGCUGUGUGUCUAUGAAGAGUGACUGGUCUAUGGAUCAUGUCCCAGAGUUCAAGAAUGCUCACAGAAGUCCAGUCGAGCAUCAGACAUCAGACCCAACGGAGCCCAGCUGUGUGUCUAUGAAGAGUGACUGGUCUAUGGAUCAUGUCCCAGAGUUCAAGAAUGCUCACAGAGGUCCAGUCCAGCAUCAGCCAUUAGACUCUGUGUCCAUGAAGAGAGAUCAGCCUAUGGAUGAGUUUAUAGAUUUAAAUGAUGCUCACAGAUCUCACCAAACAGAGGAUGUAUAUGAAUAUAUAAAGACUCAGAAGCCAAAUAAGAAUGAGAUCUUCAAAUUAAAUCUGAGAGAGAAGUUUGAGUGUUUUUAUGAGGGAACAUCAAAUAAGAAAAACCCAACAUUACUGAAUGAGAUCUACACAGAGCUCUACAUCACAGAGAGUGAAAGUGGAGAGAUCAGUAAUGAACAUGAGGUGAGACAGAUUGAGACACAAUCCAGAAGAACAACAACAGAGGAGACACCAAUCAAAUGUAAUGACAUCUUUAAACCUUUACCUGAACAACACAAACACAUCAGAAGUGUGCUGACAAAGGGAGUCGCUGGCAUUGGAAAAACAGUCUCUGUACAGAAGUUCAUUCUGGACUGGGCUGAAGAGAAAGAGAAUCAGGACGUCCACCUCAUAUUUCCACUUCCUUUCAGAGAGAUCAAUUUGAUGAAGGACAAAACACUCAGUCUUUUAGAUCUUCUUCAUCUUUUCUUCCCAGAGACGAAAGAAAUGGAAAUCUUCAGUGAUGAAUAUAAAGUGUUGUUCAUCUUUGAUGGUUUGGAUGAGUGUCGUCUGUCUCUGGAUUUUCACAGCAGUGUGAGGUUGUGUGAUGUAAAUGAAUCAACCUCAGUGGACGUGAUGCUCACAAACCUCAUCAAGGGGAAUCUGUGUCCCUCUUCUCUCAUCUGGAUCACCUCCAGACCAGCAGCAGCUGAUCUCAUCCCCUCUGAGUGUGUUGAUCGAGUCACAGAGGUACGAGGCUUCAGUGAUCCACAGAAGGAGGAAUACUUCAGGAAGAGAAUCAGUGAUGAGAGUCUGUCUGAUCAAAUCAUCUCACACCUGAAGUCAUCCAGGAGUCUCUACAUCAUGUGUCACAUCCCAGUCUUCUGCUGGAUUUCAGUCACUGUUCUAGAGAGAAUAUUGAGUGAAGCAGAGAGAAGAGAGAUCCCCAAGACUCUCACUCAAAUGUACACACACUUCCUGAUCAUUCAGACAAACAUCAAACAUCAGAAGGACUAUGAGAAGAAAGAUGAAGACAUGAUCUUCAAACUGGGUAAACUGGCUUUUGAGCAUCUUGUGAAAGGCAAUGCGAUCUUCAAUGAUGAAGACCUGAGAGAGUGUGGCAUUGAUGUAGCAGAAGCAUCAGUGUACUCAGGAUUGUGUACUCAGAUCUUCAGAGAGAAGUUUGGUUUGUGUCAUGGGAAAGUUUACAGCUUCGUUCAUCUGAGCAUUCAGGAACAUCUAGCAGCUCUUUAUGCUCACAUCUCCUUUGUAAACAACAAAAAUGUGUUUAAUAAAAUUAAAACAACUCAUGGAGAGAAGAUUGCAAAACCUGACUUGUAUCACAGAGCUGUAGAUAAGGUUUUAAUACCUGAUGUGUACCAGAGAGCUAUACAUGAGGCUUUACAGAGUAGAAAUGGACGUUUUGACCAUUUUCUUCGUUUUCUUCUGGGUUUGUCAGUGGAGUCGAAUCAGAAUCUCAUACAAAGUUUGAUUACACAGACAGAUCACAGCUCUCAUAGAAGUGAGAAAACAAUCAAAUACAUCAAACAGAAGAUCAGGGAGAAUCCUUCACCUGAGAAAUCCAUUAAUCUGUUUCAUUGUCUGUAUGAACUGGGUGAUCAUUCACUAGUGGAGGAAAUCCAACAUUAUCUGAAAUCUAGAACAUUAAAUGGAGUCAAACUCUCUUCAUCUCAGUGGUCAGCUAUAGUCUUUGUGUUAUUAACAUCAGAUCUGGAUGUGUUUAAUCUGAAUAAAUUUGUUAAAGAAAACAAAGCUGAACCACUUAAAGUUCUUAAGAAGUUGUCUCCUGUGAUUUGUGAAUCCAGAUCAGUUCAGUUGAGUUCUUGUAAUAUCACAGCUGAAGGUUGUGCUGUUUUGGCUUCAACUCUGAGAUCAAACUCAUCACACCUGAGAGAACUGAAUCUGGCUGGGAAUAAUCUUGGAGAUUCAGGAGUGAAGAUGAUCUCUGCUGUACUGGAGAAUCCUGACUGUAAACUGGAGAAACUAAAGUUAAGUUUUUGUAAGAUCACAGAUGAAGGAUUUGUUGCUCUGACUUCAGCUCUGAGAUCAAACCCAUCACACCUGAAAGAUCUGAAUCUGUCUAAUAAUGAACUAAGAGAUUCAGGAGUAAAACUGAUUUCUGAUGUACUGAAGAAUCCUGACUGUAAACUACAGAAUCUGGAGUUGUGUUCUUGUUAUAUCACAGCUGAAGGUUGUGUUGCUCUGACUUCAGCUCUGACGUCAAACCCAUCACACCUGAGAGAACUGAAUCUGAAUGAUAAUACAUUUGGAGAUUUAGGAGUUGAGUUGAUCUCUGAUGUACUGAAGAAUCCUGACUGUAAACUGGAGAUACUGAAGUUGUCUGGUUGCAAUAUCAGAAAUGAAGGUUGUGAUACUCUGAUCUUGGCUCUGAAAUCAAACCCUGACACACACCUGACACAUCUCUAUCUGUCUCAAAAUAAAUUUGGAGAUUCAAGAAUGAAGCUGAUCUCUGAUCUGAAGGAUGAUCCACUUUAUAAUCUGAAGACAAUAUCUUUUAGACAUCGGCCUGUCUGAUCUUCUGCUAAUGGAGAAAAUUAGGAACAGAGACGUCAGCAUAACGGACAGAAUGGUCAAGAUACUCGGAUCAUACAAUGUGUCUGUGCAUGUGACUUUGCAUUAUUUAUGCUGUUCUUAUUGUUGUACAGCUAUAGAUAUAAUCACAUUAUGACAGUUAUCAAAUAUUUCAACUGCAAUAACAGUGAAAGUGAUUUAAUAUUAAUGUACCUGUGUAUCGUCAGUUGUUUGGUUUUCCAAACUGGUUUUGUGCCCCCUAUGUGUUAAUAAGGGAACUGCAGGGGGUUUGUGAGAUGUAAGUACCAAAUUAAAUCAAGUAGAACUGUAUAAUGAUUUACAAGAGCUCUUGUAAAAUAUUUAUGUGUGUGUUUAAUGCAAUAUAUUUAUAAAACAUAAUAUUUAUAUAUGUUAAGCUAUUCAUGUUAAAAGUUUUUCACCCUCAACAGGAGAAAAUAA